AUGUCGACAGCCUCUCCCACGCCGCUGGGCACCGCCGGAACCGGAUUGACACGAAGACCGUCCCUGCGGCAAGGUCUUCGCAGGCUACCCUCUCGUCCACACCUCAACCGAAGCGAGUCCAACCCUGUUCAUGCGACCGCCGCUGCACCCGCGCUCUCGAAAAAGGCAGAUUCGCAGCAGUACGCCAUGCACGACAGCUCCGAUGACGAGAUACCAGUGCCUAUGAAGCUCAGUGCCCUCACCAAGGCACUACUCAACGAUGGCAGUGGCCCUGAACCACAGCGCGGAGCCUCACCGCCUAGGACACGUCGUCGCAUCAGUAAUCUUGCCGCGUCUACGAGCUCUGCGACUGAAGAAAGAAGGUCCCUUCGAUCGGGAAGCGUCCAAGCCUACGACACAAGGUCGUCAAAACCCACGUCGCCAUCGCGCAGCAGGGAGAAUAGCCCUGUGCGGAAAAGAGUUGUGAGACUCAGCAACACGCCCAAAUGCCUUGGCCAGAUGCGCCCCACCAAGAGAAGAUCUACCUCGCUCUCCCGAUCAACCAGUCAACGUCCCCAGUCUAGAAGUCGGCCAGAGAGCCGGAAUCAGUCCUCAGACGAAAAAAAUGAACCACCUCAAGAUAUCAACACACCGGCCCAAGGCAUUCGUGUUGUCCGGAUUGCUGCUGGCUCGUCCGGUAACAGAAGUCGCCUCACCAACUCAUCCAGUCACUCCAGGCGUUCAGGGUCUCAUAUAGAACAGGACCACCCAGAAGAGCCAUUCACGGCAGCACGCCACGCCGCUGGUACUAACCCCGGCAGCGUGUCCCGACAAACCUCUAAUCCUGGAAGAACCACUAAGCCCGAGGAUAAUCUCGCAUUGCAAGGCUCCAUGCGCGUCAAGCGAGUCGGCAAGAUUCCCGGAAGCUUCUUGAGCGGGCCCGCUCGACGUGGACGCAGGAGGCAAAGCGAGGAAGAAGCGGAGGCGAAUGGUGAUGGCGAGGGUCUGGCCUCAAGCCAGUAUCACGACGGUCAUGGGCCCGACAUGGAGAAUGAUCUUGCAUCAUCCUUCUAUGGCAACGGCAGACAAAUGUCAUCGGGGAGCCCAGUUGCCUUGAGCGACCCCUCCAGAGCAAGCCAUCGCAGGCCUGCAUCGUAUGCCGAACCACCGGCCCCUUCUUCUGCGCGCCAUUCUCCCCAGGAAAAGGACGAGUCAGAAGAAAUCCACUACAAAUUGCCUUUACCGCGCCCUCAGGUCCCAUCAUCGCAUGACCAAGAAAACGAGCCGAUUUCUAUAAUACGAAGCACGAAACCUACCACCGGCAUGCCUGCCGAAAGGGUCAUGGAGAAGGUAGUCAGGCGCUCUAUCAACUCUGAGGCUGUGCAUCAGAGACCCGCGGCAUCUCCCGAACGCAAGCCUCUGGCCUCCCUAGCUAACAAUACCCCACGUCGGGUUGCUCCUCCGCCUCCGCCCAAGAUGUCUGUCCUCGAUGCCGCUACAACAUCCGCCGGCGCAGCAACAACUACUCAGGGCAAGCAAAGGCGGAAUAUCCUUCGUGUCAAUGGAAAAUCCUACACAAGGCUCGACUGUCUGGGCCGAGGCGGUAGCGCUAAGGUCUACCGUGUUACUGCCGAAAACGGAGCAAUGUUUGCACUGAAGAGGGUGUCCCUGGAGAAUGCGGAUGAGUUAACAGUCAGGGGCUACAAAGGCGAAAUCGACCUGUUGGGAAAGCUGAGAGGCAAUGACCGAGUCAUCAAUCUCUUCGACUACGAGAUGAACAGUGAGAAGAAAAUGCUUACUUUACUUAUGGAAAUGGGCGAAUUGGAUCUCUACACUCUUCUCAGGAGUCGGCAAAACCCAGAAUCGCCCAAAUUUGAUUCCGUUUUGGUCCGCUUCUACUGGAAAGAAAUGUUAGAGUGCCUCCAAUCGGUUCACCAGUCCGAAAUCGUGCACUCGGAUCUCAAACCAGCCAAUUUUGUGCUUGUCAAGGGCCGCCUGAAGCUCAUCGAUUUCGGUAUCGCCAAUGCCAUUCAAUCAGACGAGACCGUCAAUGUGCACCGCGAAACGCAAGUCGGUACACCAAAUUACAUGUCCCCCGAGUCACUCCUGGACUCCAAUGCGCCUCGGGGUGGCCGGGUUCCUGGACGACCCAAAUUGAUGAAAGUCGGAAAGCCGAGCGACGUCUGGUCUCUCGGGUGCAUUCUGUACCAACUGGUCUACGGGAUACCUCCUUUCGGUCACAUCAAUAAUCAAAUGGCGAGAUGCCAGGCAAUCAUCAACUGGGACCACGACAUCGAAUUUCCUUCCAGGGCAAUGGGCGGAGUCCCAGUACCUCCUUCUCUUUUGCGAACCUUGAGGCGGUGUCUCAACCGUGAUGUCCACAUGCGGCCCUCAUGUGAAGAGCUCCUCCACGAAACCGAUCCUUUCCUCUACCCCAAUGAGAUAAGCGAAAAGGCACUCCCGAUCGACGAAGAGCUUCUUGGUAGAAUUAUCCAGAGCGUCGUCACUAGGUGCCGAGAACGCAUGCCGACAGAUGCUGAGGCCAUGUCUGUGUGGCCAUCGGCUUACUGGACCAGUGUCAAAAAAGCAACGAAUCAUAGCAGAUGA